CCCGCCCCCGGGAUCUGAAGCUGCGCCGCGGCGGCCGGGAGGCGGGGCCAGCGCGCGGUGAGGUCACGACGCCAGCCCCUCCCGGCGUCGUUACGCUGCCCAGCGGAGCGCAGACGCCGGCGCUGGGAUCCUGGAGACCCGGGGCUCGGGCGGCGCGAGACCAUGGGCGCUCGGCUGAGCGGCGGGCAGGGCGCCCCGGCGCAGGUGCAGCCUCAGCCCGAACCGCAACCGCAACCCCAACCCCAACCCCAACCCCAACCCGAGCCCGGGGCGCCCGAGGCCCCUGAGCGGCCCCAGCCUGAACCUGGUCCCUGGGGGCCGCUGGACGAUGUUCGCUUCCUCAUCGCCUGCACCUCCUGGUACUGACAAGCCGCGCUCCGCAGUUACCGCUCGCCGCCAACUGUCGUUCUGUCCGCCUCACCUGGUUCGUCUCUUGUGGUCUCUUUCCCUCCCCGGUGCCCAGGAGACGCUCGGAGAGUCGGGGAGGUCACGGAGGACCAUGGAUGGGGCACCGGCUCGCCUCUAGCAGCCCCCUGUUCGCCUCUCAGCCUGCACCCAAACCAGCUCAAACCUUCGUGCUCACCCCCGCCCCGUAGCUUCUUAAGCGGUCUGGGUCCUGGGGCAGCCCUCCCCGGCGCUGGCUUCCAAAACCUGGCCAGGACUCCUGGUAAGACCCCAAGACUGCUGACCUGACCUCCUCUCGUCUGCCCCUUAUUGCUGAGAACGGGGCUUUUGCUUUAGUCUUUGGUUAUGGCGCCAUGUGCCUUGGCUUUGGAGAAGACCUAGCCACAGUAACCCUCCCCAUACUCCUAAGGGAGGUUGCUCUGUCAUCCUGGAUCUCAGUGAGGCAUAAUCAGGCUGUGUUCCAGGAACCCCAGUAACACUGGGCCUCCAGGGCCAGCCUUUUGGAGAGAGGAGACAUGUGAUUGCUGGGCUGGGAGAUGAGAUGCAUGGGACAGUUCCCAGACACCCCAAAGCCCCUUGUUCCCCUUCUCCCAGAAGCUUCUUAAGGCCACUCCCAGAACCUGAUCCUUGUUCCCAUAUCCCAGGGAAACAACACACUCUGUAUUUUUGUUUUAUUUAGAAAUGAUUUAAAAAACAUUAUACAAAGGCUGA